AUGAAUUCCCCCCAAAAACACGCCGUUUUCGAUGUGGUCGGUACCUGCGUGUCGUUCGAUGUCUUUCUCAACACUAUCGACCAAGUUCUCGGCCCGCGACUGCUGGCGCACAACGUGAAUGCCAAGGUAUUCGGGUUUGCGUGGAUGCAAGCAUCCGAACUUGAGUCCUUGAUGCUCCACAUGUCCAAGCGGAACACACCCUAUAAGGAGGUGUUCAACGCUCUCUUCUACCGCGUCUUGUUUAUGUCCGGGAUCCAAAACCCAAGAUCGUUCGCGAGCGACGAGGAGAGAGAUCUAUGCCAGGACGCAUAUUCAAAGUUGGAACUCCGACCAGACUGCCAAGCUAUGAUGGAAAAAUUGAGAAACCACGGUUUCACCAUCUGGUGCUUGACCACGGGCGAUACAGAAAGAGUUGGCGGCUACUUCAAGCUGGCAGGCUUCGAGAUGCCUGCUGAGAACCUCGUCAGUUGCCACCAAUUUAUGAAGCAUAAUUCUGCGUUUGAGUCCCCUCUGGCUAUGAUCAAACCAUCCAUGGGGUCAUAUCAGCCUAUGUUAGAGAAGUUCGCUCCCGAGGACCAAAAGUGGUUCGUGGCCGCGCAUAUGUGGGAUGUUAGCGCAGCUGUCAAGGCCGGCUUCCGUGGCGCUUACUGUUCAAUCUAUGAGAAGGAGUCUUGCAUUGAGAUCUUCGAUACCAAGAUGGAUGUCACAGCCAAUACUUUACUCGAACUGGCUGACAGCAUCAUUACUGCGGCUUCCUAA